GCUCACCAACCUCCAAAAUGCGGCUGGGGCUCCUGAGUGCAGCGCUAUUGUUUGUGGGGAGCUCUCACUUAUACUCAAACCCCGACUCGCCCUCCGGGAAGCCCAGUCUCGGCCCCUCGGUGGAACCGGCCGCUGGUUCCCAGCAGGCUGAAGCCUCCCGCGAGAGGCCCUGGCAGCGGAGGGAAGGAGGGGCGCACACAAAGGACUGUGGAACGGCACCACUUAAGGAUGCACUGCAAGGGUCUCAGAUUAUAGGGGGCACAGAAGCUCAAGCUGGCACAUGGCCUUGGGUGGUGAGCCUGCAGGUGAAACAUGGCCACGUUCUUUCUCAUGUAUGUGGGGGAACCCUAGUGAGAGAGAGGUGGGUCCUCACAGCUGCCCACUGCACUAAAGACGCUAGGUCUUCAAAGCUUCACCUUUCUCCAAAGGCAGAUGUGAAGAACUUGAUGUCUUAUGUGGUGACCAAGACAAAAGCGAUUAAUGGGAAAUACCAUCGUUUCUUGGGUCGUCAUUUCCCCCGCUUCUAUGUCCUGUACACCAUCUUCACGAAAGGAUUUCGGAUGUUAUGGGCUGAUGCCAAAAAGGCUAGAAGAAUAAAGACAAAUAUGUGGAAUCACAAUAUAGAGUUUCAUCAACUUUCAUACCGGGAGAUGGAGCAUUUGAGACAGUUCCGCCAAGACGUCACCAAGUGUCUUUUCCUAGGUAUUAUUUCCAUUCCACCUUUUGCCAACUACCUGGUCUUCUUACUAAUGUACCUGUUUCCCAGGCAACUACUGAUCAGGCAUUUCUGGACCCCAAAACAACAAACUGAUUUCUUAGAUAUCUAUCAUGCUUUCCGGAAGCAGUCCCACCCAGAAAUCAUUAGUUAUUUAGAAAAGGUCAUCCCUCUCAUUUCUGAUGCAGGACUCCGGUGGCAUCUGACAGAUCUGUGCACCAAGAUACAGCGUGGUACCCACCCAGCAAUACGUGAUAUCUUGGCUCUGAGAGAGUGUUUCUCUAACCAUCCUCUGGGCAUGAACCAGCUCCAGCCUUUUCACGUGAAAGCCUUGAGCCGAGCCAUGCUUCUCACACCUUACCUGCCUCCUCCCCUGUUAAGACAUCGUUUGAAGACUCAUACAACUGUGAUUCACCAACUGGAUCGGGCUUUGGCAAAGCUGGGGAUUGGCCAGCUGACUGCUGAGGAAGUAAAAUCGGCUUGUUAUCUCCGUGGCCUGAAUUCUACCCAUAUUGGUGAAGACAGGUGUCGAACUUGGCUGGGAGAAUGGCUGCAGAUUUCCUGCAGCCUGAAAGCUGCUUAUUAUCACCUCUGAGAAAUGAAACAAAGAUAAGAGAUACCUCCACAGCCUAAGAAUCCUGUCAUGUUUGUUUUCUCUUCAAAAAAAUUUUUGUUUUUAAGAGACAGGGUCUCUGUCACCCAGGCUGGAGUGCACUGUUGUAAACUCAGCUCACUGCAGCCUUAACCUCCUGGCCUCGAGAUCCUCCUACCUCAGCCUCCCAAGUAGCCAGGAUUAGAGGUGUGAGCCACCAUCCCUGGCCAUGUGCUCUUCGCUUACUCUGUUGAUGGAGGAGGGUUGUGGAACUGGGAGUGUUCACAGCCACAGGAAAUCCAUCCCUGAAUGGGCCUGCCAUGUUCAGUGGCACCCACACCUCACCCUGCUGACCCAGGUGUAGAUAUACUAUCUCAGGCCAACUUGGACUGACCUGGCAUUUAAUUCCAGCCUGGCUGCAGGCACACGCUUCUGGAUCACAAUAUAGUCGGCAGUCACAACCACAUUCUUCCCGAGACAGGCGGAUGGCUCGAAGUUCUUGCUUCUCUUCAGCAUCAAUGCGGUGGACCCCAGAAGCCCUCAGCAGGGCCCGUCGCCGUUUGGUGGGCAAAGGCUGCAGGAAGAAGUAAUCAUCCACCUCCACAUUUUCCACAUCAAUAUCUUCAUCUGAUACAUCAUCCAGUGUCAGGCCAUCGGCCUCCACCGACUCCACUGUCCCAUUCUUGGUCAGCUGCCAAGAGACAGGAAAGGUUAGCCUCACAGGCAUGAGUGGCAUGCACCUCCUCACAGUAACCAUCCCAGAGCCUUGAACUUUCUGCAAUCAUGGGAAUAUCUGCUCUCCAAAACAAUGGCAGCUACUAGCACAUGUGGCUACUGAGCACUAGAAAUGCUGCAACUGGAAAACUGUCAUUUUUUUUUUUUGAGAAAAGAGUCUGACAGUUGUCCAGGCGGAAGUACAGUGCUGCAAUCUUGGCUCACUGUAACCUCCGCCUCCUGGGUUUAAGUGAUUCUCCUGCCUCCCAAGUAGCUGGGAUUACAGGCAUGAGCAACCACACCUGGUUAAUUUUUUCUAUUUUUAGUAGAGAUGGGGUUUCACUGUGUUGGCCGGGCUAGUCUUGAACUCCUGGCCUCAAGUGAUCCACACACCUUGGCCUCCCAAAGUGCUGGGGUCCACUGUGCCAGCCCAAUUUACAUAAUUUUAAUUGAAUGGCUAAAUGUGACUUCCGGCUACUAUAUUUGCUAGCGCAGGUCAAAAGAAUAAAUCUAGAGUGAGAAGACAGGAAAUCACAUAUAGCAUCACCUUUCUGGGUCCAAGCUUCUCAAAAACCUGCCUCAUCUUCCCUCCUACACAAAAAUAUAUUUCCACAAACAUAUCCUCCAUUUCCAGACAUGUGUCCCCUAAUUUAUGCUCACUUGCCUUCUUAUUUUUUUAAGAUGGGGUUUCACCAUGAUGGCCAGGCUGGUCUUGAACUCCUGACCUCAGGUGAUCCACCCACCUCGGCCUCCCAAAGUGCUAGGAUCAUAGGCAUGAGCCACCGCGCCUGGCCUCACUUGCCUUCUAACACAGAGAGGAAAAGGUAUAUGAAUGACUGGAUGAUCCUCGGAUAUACCGAAAAAUGUGAAACACUCUUCAACUUGCACCCAUUGAAUGCAAAACUACCUUCUUGAAAAAAAACAUACAUUAAAGUAUAGUAAAAGGCUACCAGAUCUUAAACAAUGAAUUCGAAUCCUCACAGUGUGAACAAUUACCUGUGCAUGCACUAAAGAGCUUCAUUUUACUGUAAGGAGAAAAAGCAAAUAUAUUAACAGGUAUUAAAGAAAGCCCUUAGCCGAGAAAAAAUGUAUUCCUCUCCUUUCUAAUCUUUUUAUUUUUUUUUGAGACAGGGUCUCACUAUGUUGCUCAGGAUGGAGUACAGUGCAUGAUCUUGGCUCACUGCAACCUCCGGCUCCUGGGUUCAAGUGAUUCUCCUGCCUCAGCCCCCUGAGUAGCUGGGAUAACAGGUGCCUACCACCAUACCCGGCUAAUUUUUGUAUUUUUAGUAGAGACAGGGUUUCACCAUGUUGGCCAGGCUGGUCUCGAACUCCCGACCCCAAGUGACCUACCCGCCUUGGCCUCCCAAAGUCCUACAAUUACAAGUAUGACCCACUGCACCAGGCCUAAUCCUUUUUUAUUGGACUUCAAAGAAAAGCUGUAUGUGAGGAAAGGUGGUAUAAAUAAUACCGCACGUACUAUCUGCAGGCAGAAAUCUGGGUUUUCUGGGCUGGGAUCGAUGGAGAGCCAAGAAAGGGAGUCUCGGUGGAAGGGCAGAUUGAAGACAAGCCGUGGCUGAAAGAGUUCUGAAAACUCACUAGAGAAUUCAAGUAAAGAAAAUGAGGCCUCAUAAUCUCUGGGGCUCUGGAAGCUGCUAGCAGGAUGAAAGCCAUGUGACUGGAGUCUUUGGUUGAUUUCAUCAGACAACCACAGAGUAGAGCUGGUAAAGGAACAACUCCUGGGAGAGAUGUGAUGCAAUGGACUUGGGUAAUCAGCUACACACCUGGUUUUUUUGUUUGUGGGGGAGGUGGUAGAGAAAUGAAGAGCAGUAAAGUGGGGCUUCUGGA